CCUCCCAUGUGUCACAAGCCUCGCUCCCACCUGCUUCCUGCAUCGUCACAGCUGCGAGCAGGAGAGUCGUGCGGUUCGGGUUCUCCUAGCUGACCGGGGAGACGGGAUAACAACACAAAAUAUCUGUGAGAUUACUACAGCGACAGCUCGCCGAAUCGCGACCGUAAGCGCUGGGACAUGGCCAGACAGGACCAGGUGUUGGUGCUGGAACCACCACACGAACUGAAAUUCCGAGGGCCGUUUACGGACGUGGUGACUGCCUCGCUGAAGCUCAAUAACCCCACGGCCCGGAAUGUCUGCUUCAAAGUGAAAACGACGGCCCCGCGGCGGUACUGUGUGCGGCCCAACAGCGGCGUGAUCGACUCGGGGACCUCCAUCAACGUGUCGGUUAUGCUGCAGCCCUUUGACUACGACCCAAAUGAGAAGAGCAAACACAAGUUCAUGGUGCAGUCGAUGCUGGCUCCUCCCGAGAUGACGGACAUGGAGUGUGUGUGGAAAGAGGCGAAGCCGGAGGAGCUGAUGGACUCGAAGUUGCGCUGUGUCUUUGAGCUUCCCCCGGAGAGCGAGAAAACGCACGACACGGACACCAAGCUCUCCGCCGCCUCCUCCACCAAGGCAGAGUCCCCGCCCCCCCUGCCCAAGUCCGGCAGCGCGGCGCUGGACGACACGGAGGUGCGCAAGAUCAUGGAGGAGAGCCGGAGGCUGCAGGUGGAGGUGCAGCGGCUACGGCAGGAGAACCGGCAGAUGCAGAUGAGGGAUGACGACGGCCUACGGAAGAACCCGGCCCCUAUGCCCUCCUCCUCUUCCUCUUCCUCAGGGGUGGGGCUGAAGGAGGAAGGCCCCAGCACUCGGCUGCUAGCUCUGUCCGUCCUGUUCUUCGUCAUCGGAGUCAUCAUCGGCAAGCUGCUGCUGUAGAGGACGGGAGGGCCGAGCAGAAACGCAGAUGAGGAAGACGAUGAAGACGAUGGAUUCAGAUUCUUAAUCAGAGCGGCGUAUCGUUUGGACUUAAGUUUAAAAGGUGAAAAUGUGUAAACAAAAAAAAAAAAGAAAAAGGAGAAAAAAAGAUGGUAGUCCAUCAUAUAAUGAAAUAAGAAAAAAAAAAAAAAGUCACAGGUCUUGCCUUUUAACUGUUAUUAUUACCCCCUUUGCCCCUCCCCUU